AUGAGUAAGGAAAAGUUGACUACUACUCUUUUUCUUGCCAUGCCAGAUUUUUCUCACCCCUUUGAGUUGCAUUUUGAUGCUUCAAUGAUUGGAAUUGGAGUUGUGCUUAAUUGGUCUCGGGAAGGGAGCUGCUCCAAGGAAAAUUUGCAGAAGAAGGUGUGGAAAGGGAUAUGGAAAAUUCAAGGAGCAAGUGUGGUUAAAACCUUCAUGUGGCAAGCAUGCAAUAAUAUUUUGCCCACUAAGGAGGUAUUGUACAAGCGGAAGAUAGUGCAAGAGCCUUCUUGCCCGAUCUGUGGAUUGGCAAAUGAAACAGUGGACCAUAUACUUUGGAGCUGUCCAUCAGCUAAAGAUGUGUGGACUGAAUGUUCUCCCAAAAUCAGCAAAUGUGCCAGCAUUGUAGAUGAUUUCAGUGCUAUUAUGGCCCAUCUGUUGGAGAGAUUGGAUGCGGACCAGCUCCAACUAAUGGCAGCAACAGCUCGGCAAAUUUGGCUAAGGAGAAACUCGGUGGUGUUUGGGGGGGAACUGACUGACCCAAGUACUAUCAUACGCUGGGCCAAGGAUCAAGUAGAAAAUUGGUGCACAUUCUCCAAACGAAUACCAAAGAGGGAGGUAGUGUCGGGGUCACCUUCUCCUGCUGCAUGGACUAAGCCGCCUCAGGGCUACAUGAAAAUCAACUGGGAUGCCUCGGUUGAUAAACGACGGAAAAGGAUGGGUGUUGGGGUAGUGGUCCGUGACCAUGAUGGCAGAGCUAUUGUGAUGCUCGGCACGAGCAGGGAGUAUGUGCAGGACCCAUCGAUGGCGGAAGCCAUUGCAGCAAGGGAAGCAGUAAUGCUGGCACAGCGAUUGGAAUUACGGCAUAUUAUUCUUGAAGGGGACUCCUUAGAAAUUGUCCAAUUGUUGCAAAAGGAGGAAGAAUGCUGGUCGACGUAUGGGCAGGCGGUUAAUGAUACAAAGCAGAGACUGCAUUCAUGGCAGGGGUGGGGGAUCCAACAUGUGAGCAGAUCGGCCAAUGGAGCUGCCCACCAACUCGCCCAGCUGCCUCUCGGGUAUGAUGCUGCGCAGGAGUGGAGGGGGUCUUUCCCUCAGUGUGUGCUUUCUAUUGUAUCCAAGGAAUGCUGA